GUUCAUUUAACAGCUUUACUUCCGGUUCUGUGAAUGCGGCUUGAACAGCAUCAAUCAUGAAAACAUCACCUGACAGACAACUGAAAUCCUUGAAAAAGUCCGUUAAAACAGGCUGGACACGCAAGCAGAGCAUCAAGAAAUACUCUGCCUACAUCUACAAGAUUGAGAAGGAGCUGUCUAUUGACGUGAGUGACGCCGCCUUUUUGAUGCGGCACCUGGCCGAUGUGCACGCGCAGGUGGGCACCGAGGCCGCGCGCCUCUCCAAGUUCAACCGGCGGCGCGUCAUCACGCAGCGAGAGCUCCACAACGCCGCCGUGCGCGCGCUCCGGGACAAGUGCGCCUGACGGCUGGAGUUAAAUGAUGCACUUUUAGACUUGUAAAUAAUGAAUAAAGAGGUUUCGUUUUUAAAA